GUGACCACUCACGUUUUCCAGCGUUACCCGGACUUUGUAGUCUGCGUGUCGUCACAAAGCGAUAGGAAAGAAGUGUCAGUCAAUCGGCGGAUGGCGAAGAUGGCAGAGGAGUUUGUGAACGUGCGUGUAUCUCACGGUGCCCUCCGUGGCCGCAAGGUCACGGCGAAAGCCGGCAACAGCUACUUCAGCUUCCAGGGCAUUCCGUACGCCAAGCCUCCUGUCGGUCCUCUACGCUUUCAGGUAGCACAACCGGUGGAGCCAUGGGGCGGCGUUCGCGAUGCUCUAAAAGAAGGGCCCUCAUGCCCUCAGAUAGAGUGGAUAAAGAAACUUCCAUACUUCGGAGACGAAGAUUGUCUCUACGUCAACGUGUACUCUCCUCAACUGCCAUCAAUUAAAACUCCCCACUAUCCUGUCAUGGUGUGGAUCCACGGAGGCGGUUUCGAAGUUGGUAAUGGCGACGCAGAUAUGUACGGUCCUGAGUAUCUCGUUGGCGGAAACGUUGUGGUCGUCACAAUCAACUACAGACUCGGCAUAUUUGGCUUUUUAAAAGUUGAUGAUGCAUCGGUUCCGGGCAAUGUCGGACUGAAAGACCAAGUAGCUGCAUUGCGAUGGGUAAAAGAAAAUAUCCUCGUGUUCGGGGGGGACCCGAACAAUGUGACAAUAUUUGGAGAGAGUGCAGGAGGAGCAUCUGUUCAUUAUCAUUUGCUUUCGCCCAUGUCGCAAGGGCUCUUCCACAAAGCAAUAUUGCAAAGUGGAUGCGCACUGAAUCCCUGGGCUUCAUCCGUUCAGUCCCAAGAGCUCACAUUCAAGCUAGCGAGGGAACUUGGGAGUGACGCCAGCAAUGCUCAAGAGUUGCUUUCCUUUCUAAGAUCUGUUCCUGCGCGAGAUUUGGUGGAAAAAGAACACGAGUUACAGAAAAUGGUUGGAGAAAUUUUCCCAAGAUUCAUACCGACACCCGAGGAGUACGCUCCUGGACCAGGAGAUGAAAUAUUUUUACCUGCUCAUCCCAAAGAGAUGAUGGAGAAAAGGCAAUAUAAUUCCGUUCCAGUUAUGGUAGGUGCCACUUCAAAUGAAGGCAUCAUUAUCCUGGACAGAGCAUCUCAUCUUGACGAUGUCGGGUAUCUCUUCGCCACGCCGUUCUUCAAGGUCCCGGAAGUUGCACCCGAUUCAUUCGAAGCAAUAACACGAAAGAGGAUGGUAAAAUUGUGGACGGAUUUCGCCAAAACAGGAAAUCCAACACCGGAUCUUGAUUCCUUGAUUGGUGUUAAGUGGCCUGCAUAUAAAACGCCGGAAAGGAUGUACCUGAAUAUUAACGAUACGUUGUACUCGAAUGCCAACUGCGUAGAUGUUUAA